CAGGUCUUCGUCGGUGACCAGAAAUACGCGUGUGAGACGUGCAUCAAAGGCCACCGCUCGUCUACAUGCAAACACACCGAUCGCCCGCUGUACGAGGUCAAAAAAAAGGGCCGCCCGGUAACGCAAUGCGAGCACUGCAGGGAGCUCCGCAAGAUCAAACAAGUUCACGUCAAGUGUAUGUGUGCCUCUAGUUACAGUGACUUCGAUGUCAAUUGUCUUUUGUACGGGUUAGGUGGCUGCAAGCUCCCGGCGAGCGCCGCGUUCCCUAGCGGGCUCCCCCCUGGAGUGAUGGGAGCGUCGGUCGCAUUGUCGGACGGUUCAGAAUCAGAGUACAGCAACGCGUCCCCUGCUCCCUGCAGAUGCAACCACAGCGGGCCAUGUGAUUGCGCCACUCCUCGCGUGCCGCGGAACAAGGCUAAAGUUAAGGCGCGUCCGCGCAACGGGAGUGCGGAGAAGGCCCCGCCGCUGCAGAACAUCGGGGAGCCGCCGGUAGCGGGUCCCGCUGGGCUUGUCGCGUCCGCGCAUGCGGUCGGACACCGGCCAGUCCUGCCUCGACCUCCCCCGCCUGAGCAUCAGAGUUCGUUCCGGCCGCCGCAUGACCCCUCCGCGCCUUCUCCUUCCCAUGUCCCCGGCUCACGUCAGCACUCUCAUAGCCAGCUUUACAGCCCCUACGGCAGGGCUUACGAGCAGACGCACCCGGGUGAUGGACUCGAUGAUCCAACCGUAACUUACCAGAACAUCGUUGCGAAGGCCGCCGAUCCUUCCGAUUCCGCUCCGGCCCUUUCGGAACUCCAGUCAUGGGCGGCGUUCAACCCAGCGUCCUCAAGCGCCUCUCUCCUCGCAAAUAUAUCCCUCUGUGGCUGCGGGCACGCCUGUGCAUGUCCCGGCUGCCUCGAGCACCGCGGGCGGGACGCGCUCCUCGGCGAGUCGUGCGCCGACCCCAACACAUGUAUUGCCUGCCUUGAGUGCGCGAUGUUGGCGGUCCCCAUCUCGCUCGCGCCCGAUGCUCCGGGUAUGCUAUACGAAGACCCUCAGACGCAGAACGUGGACGAGUGGCUGCGGGAGAUGGCCGCCGCGCAAGCGCACUCGCUGCCAUUCUCUGGUUCCGGCAUCACCGCCCCGAGUCACAGUCCAGGCUCGCCUACAGCCGACAUGCAGUACGAUCCUACACUCCUGCAAACCUACGCCCUCUGGAAUGAC